AUGUUAUUUUCACUACCUGUGCGAAAGCUGAGCACAAAAGUCAUCUCCACUCCCGGCUUUAACUCGGUAGAGUCGUACCUCAGCUAUGCGCAGGUUGCUGGAACGUCUCCGAAAUCAACAGUGUUUAGGGGAUCACUGUAUGAAAUCUCAUUUGCAGAGUUUCUUGCUGAUCAUUUGAAUUUGAGACGAAUGGUACUCCAAGGAGGCGCGAACGAUGGAGGUAUCGAUAUGCAAGCCACCUGGAACCUGAAACAGCUCAAACGCGUAUCUGAGAAGCCUGCAGGCGCAUACUUGGGCCCAGCUCUUAAGCACGUCGUUCCGUUUGUUGAGCAGAAACAGAAUGAUGCCUUCAAAGUGCGCCUGUAUGUGCAGUGCAAAUGCUGGAAGCGAAGCAAAAUGGACGCUAAAAUGGUUCGCGAGCUCACAGGAACAUUUGCAGACUUUUUCGCCAGAGAAAAGCUUCAAAAUAGGGCGCUAGUCAUGUUUGUCACUCCUACAGGUGCCACAAAAGUCGGGCUCGCAAAUUUCGACACAAGCGUGGUCCCCAUGAUAUUUGUCAAGUUCAGCGUACCGGAGCUUAAGUCUCCAGGCUUGGACCCAUACACGGCCGAAAAUUACAUCAAAGGCAGAGCCGAGAGUUUUUACUGCAAUCCGAUAGCACAAGCACUUUUGUCCGGACUUGACUGGAAGACAUUCGCAAAUACAAUUGUACGCAAUCAAAAAUAA